CUGUUUUCUCAGCACGCGCAAUUUAACCAUCGUCACUGAAUGUAAAUAAAUGGCCUUUUCUGUGAACCGCUUUAAAAAACUACGCCGGGCUUCCUUGGACUGGUUAAAGUAUAAUAAACAGUGAAAGAAGUAUGGAAAAUGCAUAACUCGCUGGUGUCUAAAUUGCUGUUGCGUCUGCUGCUGCUGUUCGCCUUGGUGACGGCCGUCUCCAUCGUAAUCCUUACAAAAUGCGGAUUCGACGAACUUACGGCGAGGGAAACGCAACCCAGCAAUCCCAGCGAAUCCAGUGGAUUCAGCUAUGCUUUGAGCGAACGGGAUGCGGAAAUCGAGCGGCUAAAACAAGAGGUCCUGGGCCUUCGCACUCAAAUCCUGUUCCUGCAGAAUAAUCGCAGUGCCGGCAAGCCCUCCAAUGGCAGUCUCCAGCUGCAGGAAACCACCGUGGGUCCACCGACUGCCCCGCUGGCCCACCACUACGACUGCAGCAGCUACAUCCGCAAGCAGGUGGGCGCCGCCGAAAUUCUGCACGGACUGCCGCUGAACAACGAGUACGAGUUGAUUCCCUACAACCACUUCACCUUCACCCGCGUUUACCCCAUCGACUUGGGGCUGGGCAAGCGGGUGGUGGAGAAGCCCAUCGGCUAUCGACGGCGUGACCUGAUCGAGGCUGUUAACAAGGCCCUGGAGAGCCUGAAUAGAAACCACUCGGCGAGGAUUCGAGCAAAGGCAGCCGGCUCCCCAGCUGGAGCCCCCUCGGAUGUGAUCAAGUACACCCUGGAUGACUUCAUCGAGGGCAUUUACCGCAACGAACCCACCACCGGCACCCAGUACGAGCUGUAUUUCCAGAGUGUCAAGAACCAGGCGAGUCCUGUGAGGAGAGCCCUGGUCAUGCGCCCCUUCGCCCCCCUGCAAACGGUGCAGCUAUCGGAGCUAACGUCGAUGGUGGACAGUGGAGGUGCCACUCCAAGUCGCAGUCCGCCCGUGAUCCAUGUGAUACUGCCCCUGGCCGGUCGUCUGCAUAGCUUUCGCAGCUUCCUGCAGAUGUUCGCCAAGCUCGAGGAUCGUCGAUUGGAGCUCAUUGUGGUGUACUUUGGAACCAGCGCAUUGGCGCAGGCCAAACGACUGGCAGGACGAUCCCAAAGGACCCAGUUUCUGGCACUCAAUGAGACUUUUAGCAGGGCUAAGGCAUUGAGACUGGGAGCGGAACAUAUUCAACCGGCCAAAGAGGACGUCCUUCUUUUCAUGUGCGAUGUUGACAUUAUGUUCACAACCAGAUUUCUAGAGCGAUGUCGAUGGAAUGCCGCCCCAGGGAAGAAGGUUUACUAUCCGGUGGUAUUCAGCCUGUACAAUCCUCAUGUGGUGUACACGUUGCAGGGCAAAUCCUUGCCUGGCGAAGAGGAGCAGCUGGUGAUCUCCCGGGACACUGGAUUCUGGCGGGACUUUGGCUACGGGAUGACCUGUCAGUACCGCUCGAACUUCCUGCAGGUGCGAGGCUUCGACGAGGAGGAGAUCGUAGGAUGGGGCGGCGAGGAUGUGAUGCUCUACCGGAAAUACGUUCGCUCAAAGAUCAAGAUAAUCAGGGCCACCGAUCCCGGCAUCUUCCACCGCUGGCACACCAAGAUCUGCUCCAACUCGCUGACAGCCGAUCAGUACCGCGCCUGCAUUCGAUCGAGGGCUUUAAACGAGGCCUCGCAUGCCCAGCUUGGAUUCCUGGCUUUCCAGGAUGACAUAGCCGCUGCAAAUGCGGCAAAGAUGCUAUUGUGAUACUGGGCUAUACCGCAAUUAUCCUUAAUCGCUUGGCUUUCUAUCUACGGCGGACAUUCAAGUGUGUGUGAAGGGAGGGCAGUGAUCUGAUAUAGUUAAUAGAUCUAGGACAAUUUAUAUUUAGUGUUUUCCAUCUCAACAUUUCCUAAUUUCAACAUUAUGAAACAAAUCUUUUUAAAUAGGGACCUUAUAGUUAAAUGAAAAUAGGUUACUUAAUUAUUAUUUUGCGAAUGCAGACAACUUAAUGUAUAAUUCUCUUUUAGAUAGAAUAUUUGAAUAUUUGUGAUAUUGUAUUUUUAAUUUUAGUUUAGUCGGUUUAAUUGACUUUUUUUUGUAUAUCCAAAACAUUUCUGAGCACUGCCACUGCUUCACACAUGCGAACACACAUACUCUGAGCUAUAAGUAUGUACAACUUGAGACAAUAACUCGUAUUUAGCAGAAUCGUUGAAUUAGCUUAAUUGUUGAUCUUGUUGCGCCCUCGAAAGUGCCACACACAGACACAAAUCGCACUGUACACACACAUCACAAAUUGUUCUUCCAUGAAGCAAACUAGAUGCAAUCUCCAGAGCCCAAGAAAUUAUAUAUUUACGAGUACCAUAUCGAACCCGUUUCUCAAACUGAGCCUAACAAAUCUGCCAGACUGUUGCGCGCUUUGUAAAAACUAAAUUAAAUCGUUUAAUUAAACUUGUCGCCUGGUUGUUGUUUAUUUUCGUUGGAUGGUUAUGAUUUUUAUGGACGAAGCCAACGACCUCCGUCCGGAGUUCAGUGAGCAUGGAGACUAAGAAGGUGAUCCAUAGCGCCACCUGCGUUAUUUCGAAUCA